CACCGAGACCACUGUAACAACCACAAUGGCGACAUCGAAGGAAGCCAACUAGGGCAACGACAAUGGGAAAGUAAAUGGAACUGCAACAACGACGACGACGCAAAACCACCUAGAGGUAUCAGAAAACCUACUACCACCCAACACUGUGAACCCGCCGUAGCGGCAACGAAAACAUGUCAAACGUCAACAAACUCUCCCUCACUCAGAUCUAGAUACCACAAACCCGGUCUCUUUCUCAAAUCGACAACAAAACCAGCCCACAUUGAUAUGAACAUAGAAAAUGUGGUCAAACUACAAAUAUUACAUAUUAUAGAUCUAUAAUCAACAUGAGAAUGCAAAACGAAAAUAAGUUGUCAAUCAAGUAUUGAUAAGAUUCAUAUCCAGUCUCAGAUCUACAAAUUUAAGAAACCAAUCCAAAAAUCAAUAAAAAUAUAUGAAACAAGUCAAGAUGCAUCUGAAUCAAAAACCGAAAAAACAAAGUGAAAGAAACUCCAGAUUUGUGUUGCUAGGGUCGAAGUCGAAGGGAUCACCACCCAUGAUUUCCGUUCGCGUUGCUCUUCUCGCCGACACCCAUGGUUUUCGUUCAUAGAUCUGUAACUGAUCUUCGCAUGCGACGUCGCACAUAGUAAUGGAAGUGAUACUCACCCUCUAACGCACAUGAUUGUCUCCAUCUUCGCGUCGCUCUUGUGGUGGUUUCGGUGACUCCACGAAGGUUUGGGGUUAGGGCGGUGCCCGAAGAGGAGGGGUGGCGAGGGUUUGAAGGGGGUGGGAGCCAUCAGUUUUCCAAUUAAGAAGAGGGGAAGGAAGAGAAAAAGGUUAAAGGGUAUAAUGGGAAAGAAGGAAAAAAACUAAAAAGAAGAAAAAUUGACAGUCAUAUAAUAUAUCUUUAAAUCUGGUAAUCCAACGGACAUGGAUAACAAAGGGUUUAAGUUGGGCACGCUAGACAUCGUCUUCAAUCACGGUCUAAAGUGACACUGUAGACUCUGGCUCACGCCUUAGACGACGAAGCUCGCUCUGUACUCUCACUCACCUGAACGGAUCCUUCUUCUUCCUUAUCGCGAAAUCCGUUACUUCAAAACCUAAUUGCGUGAGUGUGGUUUCUGAUUUGUGUUGAAGCGAAGAUGAGGAUUAUGAUUAAGGGCGGUGUUUGGAAAAACACCGAAGAUGAAAUCCUGAAAGCGGCUGUUAUGAAAUAUGGUAAGAACCAGUGGGCUCGAAUCUCUUCGCUCCUUGUUCGCAAAUCUGCCAAGCAAUGCAAAGCUCGCUGGUAUGAGUGGCUCGAUCCCUCCAUAAAAAAGACUGAGUGGACGAGAGAAGAGGAUGAGAAGCUACUUCAUCUUGCUAAGCUUAUGCCCACUCAAUGGAGGACAAUUGCUCCAAUUGUUGGCCGUACCCCUUCCCAGUGUCUUGAGCGGUACGAGAAGCUCCUUGAUGCUGCCUGUGUGAAGGAUGAGAACUAUGAGCCCGGUGAUGAUCCUCGGAAAUUGCGUCCUGGGGAGAUUGAUCCAAACCCUGAGUCAAAACCUGCACGCCCAGAUCCUGUUGAUAUGGAUGAAGAUGAAAAGGAGAUGCUUUCUGAAGCACGAGCCCGGUUGGCCAACACAAAAGGAAAGAAAGCAAAAAGGAAAGCUAGGGAGAAACAGCUUGAGGAAGCCAGGAGGCUUGCUUCUUUACAAAAGAAGAGAGAAUUGAAGGCUGCUGGAAUUGAUAUUAGGCAGCGGAAGAGAAAAAGGAAAGGAAUAGAUUACAAUGCAGAAAUUCCAUUUGAAAAAAGGCCUCCUCCAGGGUUUUUUGAUGUUACAGAUGAAGAUAGACCAGUGGAACAGCCCCAGUUCCCUACUACAAUUGAAGAACUUGAAGGGAAAAGGAGGGUUGAUGUUGAGGCACAAUUAAGAAAGCAGGACAUUGCAAAAAAUAAAAUUGCACAAAGGCAAGAUGCCCCAUCUGCCAUAUUGCAUGCCAACAAGCUGAAUGACCCAGAAACAGUAAGAAAGAGGUCAAAAUUGAUGCUUCCACCCCCUCAGAUUUCAGAUCAGGAAUUGGAUGAAAUUGCCAAGUUGGGUUAUGCUAGUGACCUUGCAGGAAGUCAGGAACUUGCUGAAGGUAGUGGUGCAACACGGGCUCUUCUGGCUGAUUAUGCACAGACACCUGGCCAAGGAAUGACUCCGUUGCGAACCCCUCAAAGAACACCGGCUGGUAAAGGUGAUGCUAUCAUGAUGGAAGCUGAAAAUCUGGCCAGGCUGAGAGAGUCUCAAACACCAUUGUUAGGAGGAGAGAACCCGGAGUUGCAUCCUUCAGAUUUUAAUGGCGUCACUCCUAAGAAAAAAGAGAUUCAGACUCCAAAUCCAAUGCUGACUCCUUCUGCAACUCCUGGAGGUGCAGGUCUCACUCCUAGAAUUGGCAUGACACCAACAAGAGAUGGUUUUUCUUUUAGCAUGACACCAAAGGGAACUCCUCUUAGGGAUGCACUACAUAUUAAUGAGGACAUGAAUAUGCAUGACAGCACUAAACUUGAGCUACAGAGACAGGCUGAUAUGAGAAGAAGUUUGCGUUCUGGUUUAGGAAGCCUUCCACAGCCCAAAAAUGAGUACCAGAUAGUGAUGCAACCUGUUCCAGAAGACGCCGAAGAGCCUGAGGAGAAGAUUGAAGAGGACAUGUCUGAUAGAAUAGCUAGAGAAAAAGCGGAAGAAGAGGCAAGGCAGCAGGCAUUGCUUAGAAAGCGAUCAAAAGUCCUUCAACGGGAACUUCCUAGGCCUCCUACAGCAUCAUUGGAGCUUAUAAGAAAUUCCUUGAUGAGAACUGACGUGGACAAGAGUUCCUUUGUUCCACCAACCUCUAUUGAGCAAGCUGACGAGAUGAUUAGACGGGAGCUUCUAAGUUUACUGGAGCAUGACAAUGCUAAGUAUCCACUUGAUGAGAAAGUGAUUAAGGAGAAGAAGAAAGGAGCCAAGCGUGCUGUAAAUGGGUCUGCUGUCCCUGUGAUAGAAGAUUUUGAGGAAGAUGAAAUGAAAGAGGCUGAUAAGUUGAUAAAGGAAGAGGCCCUGUAUCUUUGUGCAGCAAUGGGUCAUGAAGAUGAACCCCUCGAUGAAUUUAUUGAAGCACACAGAACCUGUCUCAAUGAUCUUAUGUACUUUCCUACCCGUAAUGCAUAUGGUCUCUCUAGUGUUGCUGGAAACAUGGAAAAGCUAACAGCUUUGCAGAAUGAGUUUGAGAAUGUGAGAAGCAAAUUGGAUGAUGAUAAGGAGAAGAUGGUACGGCUUGAGAAGAAGGUGAUGGUUCUCACACAAGGCUAUGAGAUGAGAGUAAAGAAAAGCCUCUGGCCGCAAAUUGAGGCCACUUUCAAGCAGAUGGAUGUUGCUGCAACUGAGUUAGAAUGCUUUAAAGCUUUGCAAAAGCAGGAGCAAUUAGCAGCAUCACAUAGGAUAAACAAUCUGUGGGCUGAAGUACAGAAGCAGAAGGAACUUGAGAAAACUUUGCAAAAUAGGUAUGGGAGUCUAAUUGAAGAGCUGGAAAAGAUGCAAAAUGUCAUGGACCAAUGCAGAUUACAAGCACAACAGCAAGAAGAAAUUAAAGCCAACCAUGCUCGUGAGUCAACUGAGACCCCUGAGACCAAGGCUGAUGGAAUUGAUGUACAGGGUACAGCAAAUUGUGAAGCUGUACCUCACUCGGUAGAGCAUGGACGAGCUCUAGCAGUUGAGUCUUCUGCUGAUGGAACUGCUGACCAGCAAGUAGAUAUUGUGCAUGACCAGGCUACUUCUAGUGUCAGUCAUGACAUGGAUGUGGAUUCUGAUAAAUUGGCAAAUCCUACACCAGCUGCAGAGAAUGUCGAUGAAAAAGUGGAAGGUACCGGCACCGGCACCGGCAGCUAUACUGACGAUGGGGAGACCAUGCUGGAAAUGGGUGCUGCAGUGGAAGUAAGUAGCCCAAAUCAUGAUGUAGUUGUGGAUGCUGUAAACUCACAUGAUAACAACAGCAUGGAAGAAACCAAUGCUGUUGGGGAGGAGACGUAUUAGGCCAGACACUGCAUAGCCUGUUCUGAUUUAACUAUGGGGGAUGUUAGAGCGAAUGUUUUAACUGUAUAAAUUGCUUGGAGAGUGAGUCCUCUUUUGUUGGAAGGUAUCUAAAGAUGAGUUUAGUUGAUGGUAAGAUUUGGUAAUGAUCCCUAGUCGAAGUUUGGAACAUAUUAUGAACCGAUAAAUUGCAUGAGCUUUUUGAGAUGGUUGCCCGUUUUUAUUUUUAUUUUUUCUCAAUUUUUGUCCUCUUCUAUAUAAUGGAUGUUGGUAACGUGCUCUUUACAUUUAAGAAUGAUACAUGAUUUUAUAUCAAUGAAUUAGAGCUCGGUUCCUAUUGUAAAA